CUUGCGCACCGGGAGCCGCCCUGCCCUGGGGGGCGGAAUGGGCGCGGCUGCUUGGGUGCCCGUGAUUGGCGGAGGGCGGCCACGCGUCGGAGCCCGCGGGCGGGUGGGGGCCACGUGCGCGGGAGACCGGGCUCGAGGGGCCUGGGGACUGCAGACCCACACCGAGAUGGCCACUGUCCCCCUCAGCUUCGACAUCGACGCCCCACGCUGGGACCAAAGCAUCUUCGUGGGGCGCCUCAAGCAUUUUCUUAACAUCACCGACCCACGGACUGUGCUGGUACCAGAGAGGGAGCUCGACCAGGCCAAGACCCUGGUGGAAAGCUGCAGGGCUGGGCUGGUGCCACCGGGAAGCAGCGAGGAACAGCUGCUCUACGCCAAGAAGCUGUACGACUCAGCCUUCCACCCCGACAGCGGCGAGAAGAUGAACCUCAUUGGGAGGAUGUCCUUCCAGGUGCCGGGGGGCAUGGCCCUCACCGGCUGCAUGCUCCAGUUCUACCGGACAGUCCCUGCCGUGGUUUUCUGGCAGUGGGUGAACCAAUCCUUCAAUGCCAUUGUCAACUACACCAACCGCAACGCAGCCUCCCCCAUCUCAUUGAGGCAAAUUGGGGUGGCUUACAUCACAGCCACUGGUACAGCCCUGGCCACUGCGGUGGGACUCAACCUCUACACCAAGAGAGCCCCUCCACUGCUGGCCCGAUGGGUCCCCUUUGCAGCCGUGGCUGCUGCCAACUGUGUCAAUAUCCCCAUGAUGCGGCAACAGGAGAUCAUCAAUGGGGUGACAGUGACAGACCAGGACAACAAUGAGCUCGGCCACUCCAGGAGGGCAGCGGUGAAGGGCAUCGCGCAGGUUGUGGUCUCCAGGAUCACCAUGGCGGCACCAGGCAUGAUUAUUUUGCCUAUCAUCAUGGAGCAGCUGGAGAAAUUCCCCUUUAUGCAGCGGAUCCGAGUUCUCCACGGGCCUCUGCAGGUGCUGCUGUGUGGGGGCUUCCUCGUGUUCAUGGUGCCAGCAGCCUGUGCGCUGUUCCCACAGAGAUGCUCCCUUGCGUUGGCUGACCUCGAGCCGGAGCUGCGCGACAGCAUCGUGGCCAAGCACGGGGACAAAGUGCCGUAUGUCUACUUUAACAAGGGACUGUGAACAGAGACUGUUUCAGAAGUCAUCGCACCCUUCUGGCCUCUGCCACCACCAGCCCUGUGUCCUUUGAGCAGAGCUCAUGGGCACUGCCUAGCCAGGUCUGCCUUCCAGCUCAGCACCAUCUCUGCUGCGUUCUUUCCCUGGAGAGGCAGGAUGUGGCUCUGCUUGCCCAGCUUGUGGUACUUCGGCUUCUCCUGAGCCUCCUCCCAUCUGCUGAUGGCUGUGUCCCUUCCUCCCCACAUACCUUUUGUCCUGGGUGAUGCUUGUGCUUCCUUCUCCACAGGGCUGCUCUCAAUGAUGCCCCCAUGAGGCAUCAGUCUCUCUCCCUCUGGGCUCAGACCACAGUCCUACCUCUGAAAGCAAGUGUCCUGUCAUUGUACCAGGAACCAAAUCAUAUUACUGCCUUAAAACACCACAGUGCCUCUUACCAAGAGCUGCAUCAUGCCUUGGCAGGUGGGAAGGGACCUGUCCCCUCUGCACAGGGAGCACACCAAACUCCAGGGACCAAUGCUUGGACCAUGCCUUCCUUGCUCUCAGGUUGAAGUUUUGUUCACUUUGUGAAUGCCACAAUCUAGGAGGCAAAUAGUUUGGGUUUUUUUUUUAAGCUCUAAUUUUUGCAGUCUACCCAUUCCUCUGAGCACAAGAGCCAGCUGUCAUGCUCACCCUGCAUCUCAUGAUCCCAUGGUAGGAUCAAGGACCUGCAGCUUUGGGAGACACUGUAUUCUGGGCCCCCUUGGACAGAGGGAAGGAGACACAGGAGUCACAAAGCUGUUGACGAAUUAACUCGGGCUCUGAGUAGCAGCACAGCGAAUGACAAAGAGGAGGGUUGAAAAAUAAAGUGUGGUGAUUUUUGAAAAACAGCUG